AUGGUCCAAAACAAUGGAGGGAAUUUUAGGAACACUAAGCCUUCCAAAGCUCAUUGGAAACCAUCUGAAGAUGCUAAGCUUAAACAACUUAUCGCUGAUCAUGGUGCUAAAAAUUGGAACAACAUUGCUGAACAACUACAAGGAAGAACAGGGAAAAGUUGUAGAUUAAGGUGGCUUAAUCACCUAGAUCCUAGCAUCAAAAGAGAACCUUUAAGUAAGGAAGAAGAGGAGAUGCUUUUGCAGCUUCAUACACUUCAUGGUACCAAAUGGGCACACAUUUCCAAACAUUUUCCAGGAAGGAGAGACAAUGCACUAAAGAAUCAUUACCAUGUGAUCAAGGCUAGGAGGCAAAGGGAACGUACAAAAGUUUUAGGCAAAAAGAGGAGCAAUGAAGACAAUGGUAUAAAUGGAAAAUGCAAAACAGUGGAAGGGAUGAAUGUGGUACACACUCGUAGGAACCCUUGGGACUCUCCACCAGCUCCCAUGGGUGUAACGCCUCCGCUUGGUGGGCAUGUAACACCCGAGGCUGAUGAGGGCGGGGAGUGGUCCGGCUCCUGGCAGCUUCUAGGCAAAACAUAA